AUGUCGGUGCCCCCCACAGGGUUCCCCCCGCCGCCCCUGGCCGCCGCCCCCUUGCCUGGCGGGCGCACCGCGGGCCUCAGAGCCCCGGGCGGCUUCGGGCUCUGUCAGAACGGACCAGCACAAAAUCAGAUGCAGUUCUCCCCUGGAUAUGGAUCACAUCCUCAAAACUAUAGUGCUCCCUCAGGACACUACUCACAAGUGCCCAAUAAAGCUAUCCCUUCACAGCUGGAUAACCACUAUGGUGCUGAUUAUUAUUCGACCCACUAUUCAGUGCCAGCACAAAAUGUUAAUGCACCUUCUGUGACUUCCAAGAUGUUGAGCACACAGGGAUCGCAGCACUUGUACAAUAGAGCACCUCAUAUUGCAGAACCAUCUGGACCUAUCCAAGGAAUGAUUUCUUCUGCAUCCCAGUUAUAUACCAGCGUUUCACAGUCAUUUUCCUCAUUUGGUAGUCCUUAUAGUAAUUCAGUCUUGCACUCUGUCAGCUCUUCAGUUCCAUCUCAGGGAUUUGUUGCUCCUUCUGGUCACUACGCCAUGCCUGCUGUCUCUAAUGUUGCUUAUCCUAACGUUUCAUAUCCUUCGAUGUCCAUUGGCAGCCCAUAUGGGCAAGUGCCUACUUCCCACAGUGUACCAGCUCUUGGACAUUUGCAAGAGGCAAAUGCUUACUCUAGUCAAAAUAGAGGCCCACCUACAGGGCAACAGAGAGUUCCUUUGGGUUACAACUCAGCAUCAUGGUCUGCCCCAGAACUCCAGUCGGCUCAAAUGAAUCACAGUGGAAGCUUUGCAGGAUCCCUGCCUGAAGCAAGCAACCCAAUGAGCACAGGGUCACCACAUCCAAUAAACCAGAAUGUUCAGCCUGUAAAACCUGUCGGUGGAAUGUCUUCAGCUGUGACUUCUUCAGUUAGAACACCUGUUGUGCAGAAGACAUCAAAGCCCAGCACUUCAUCCUCCUUUACACAAUCAUCAGAUUCCUUGCCUCAUGAAGGCAUGCAGUAUGGUGGAUAUGUUAAUAAUCAAGCUAGCUCUCCAGCAACUCCCUUGUCAUCAAGUUCAGAUGAUGAGGAAGAGGAUGAGGAGGAUGAGGAAGCAGCUAUUGACAGCUCUUCCACUACUAGCAGUGCAUCUCCUGUUCUCAACAAUUAUGAUACACUUGAAGGAGGUGGUUAUCCAGAGGCACGUUCUACAACGAGUAGUCCAGCUCCUGUUCCAUCAGUUCCUCAGACAUCUAAAUCCUCUAAGCCAUUUGGCUAUGGGUAUCCUACUCUUCAGCCUGGCUACCAGAAUGUAACACCAUCUCUGCCAUCUCCUGCCAUACAGCCCAGUAAUUCUGGAUAUAAUUCUGGAUUUCCUCAAUACCCACAGCAAUAUCCUACAAUGAAUCAACUGUCAGCUAGUCUUGGAGGACUAGGUAUACAGCAGCCAGAGAGCUUGAAACCUAUCAACCUUACUCAAGAUAGAAAUAUUAUGCCUAUUGUUCCAAUUCUAGCUCCUGUGCCUAAUUUGAACUCAGACCUGAAGAGAUUGAACUGCAGCCCAGACUCAUUUCGAUGCACUUUGACAAAUAUUCCACAGACUCAGGCAUUGCUAAAUAAAGCAAAACUUCCUUUGGGAUUGCUUCUACAUCCCUUCAGAGAUCUAACGCAAUUACCUGUGAUAACAUCAAACACCAUUGUGAGAUGUAGAUCAUGCAGAACGUACAUCAACCCUUUUGUUUCUUUUAUUGACCAAAGGAGAUGGAAAUGUAACCUGUGCUACAGAGUUAAUGACGUUCCUGAAGAAUUUAUGUACAAUCCUCUGACACGAUCCUACGGGGAGCCUCACAAGCGGCCAGAAGUCCAAAAUUCUACAGUGGAGUUCAUUGCUUCUUCAGACUACAUGCUUCGUCCUCCUCAGCCAGCAGUGUAUUUGUUUGUGCUUGAUGUGUCCCACAAUGCAGUAGAAGCUGGAUACUUGUCAAUUGUGUGUCAGUCUUUGCUGGAAAACUUAGACAAGUUGCCUGGAGAUUCAAGAACAAGAAUAGGCUUCAUAACAUUUGACAGCACUGUUCAGUUCUACAACUUGCAAGAAGGACUGUCACAGCCUCAGAUGCUAAUUGUAUCAGAAAUUGAAGAUGUUUUCCUGCCUACACCUGAUAGUUUACUUGUUAAUCUACAUGAAAGUAAAGAGCUAAUUAAAGACUUACUGAAUGCCCUACCAGAUAUGUUCACCAACACAAGAGAAACACACAGUGCAUUAGGUCCAGCCCUUCAAGCUGCUUACAAAUUGAUGUCUCCAACGGGUGGGCGCAUAUCUGUGUUUCAGACACAGUUACCAUCCUUGGGCACAGGGCGCUUGCAGUCCAGGGAAGAUCCCAAUCAAAGAUCAAGCACAAAGAUUGUUCAACAUCUUGGUCCAGCAACAGACUUUUAUAAAAAGUUGGCAUUAGAUUGUUCAGGACAGCAAACAGCUGUGGAUUUAUUUCUUUUAAGCUCACAGUAUUCAGAUAUGGCUUCUCUUGCUUGCAUGUCGAAAUAUUCUGCUGGAUGCAUCUAUUACUACCCAUCUUUCCAUCAUACUCACAACCCUGUUCAAGCAGAAAAACUGCAAAAAGACCUUAAAAGAUACCUUACACGAAAGAUUGGAUUUGAAGCAGUCAUGAGAAUAAGAUGUACAAAAGGUCUUUCAAUUCACACUUUCCAUGGUAACUUUUUUGUGCGAUCUACUGAUUUGCUGUCACUUGCCAAUGUCAAUCCUGAUGCUGGAUUUGCAGUACAGAUGUCCAUUGAAGAAAGCCUGUCAGACACAUCAUUAGUUUGUUUUCAGACAGCACUUUUAUAUACUUCCAGCAAAGGUGAACGGAGAAUUAGGGUGCACACGCUUUGUUUGCCCGUGGUGACAUCACUGACAGAUGUUUAUGCUGGAGCAGAUGUACAAGCAGUUUUAUGCCUCUUAGCUAAUAUGGCUGUGGAUCGAUCAGUUUCAUCAAGUCUGUCAGAUGCUAGAGAUGCCUUGGUGAAUGCCGUGGUAGAUUCGCUCUCUGCGUAUAUGUCAGCUGCAUCAAACCACCAACAAUCUGCUUUGAUUGCUCCAAAUUCCCUCAGGCUGUUUCCCCUGUAUGUUUUAGCUCUCUUCAAACAGAAAGCAUUUAGAACUGGCACAAGUACACGCUUGGAUGAUCGGGUAUAUGCUAUGUGCCAAAUAAAAAGUCAACCUCUGGUUCAGUUGAUGAAGAUGAUAUACCCCAAUUUAUACAGGAUAGACAGACUUACUGAUGAGGGUGCGAUCCAUGUCAAUGAUAGAGUUGUUCCGCAGCCCCCUCUUCAGCGGUUAUCUGCAGAGAAGUUGACAAGAGAAGGAGCUUUUCUUAUGGACUGUGGCUCUGUAUUUUACAUUUGGAUUGGAAGAAGCUGUGAUAAUAACUUCAUAAAAGAUGUCCUUGGAUACCCUAAUUAUUCAUCUGUACCUCAAACACUGACACAGCUUCCAGAAUUAGAUACUCUUUCUUCAGAACGAGCCAGAUCCUUUAUAACCUGGCUUAAGGACAGUAAAACUCUCAGCCCUGUACUUCAAGUAAUAAAGGAAGAAAGUCCUGCAAAGGCAGAUUUUCUUCAAAACUUAGUUGAAGACAAGACAGAGGCAGCAUUCUCUUACUAUGAAUUUUUGCUUCAUAUUCAACAACAAAUUUGUAAGUGAGAAGGAAGAAACAAACAAACCAUUUCUGGACUUCUUAUACAAAUGUCAGCUGUGAAAAAAGCACACUGGAAGUGAUAAAACCAGGCAUGGGUUCUUCAUCAUCCAUAUCUAAAGCUUUUCAGCUGAAAGGACAAAAUGCACAUCUCCAGAUGAAUUUUACAGUUCUGCUUCAGUAUAAAAAUGAUGGCUAUGAUGCAGUUUUAGUAGUAUAUUUUAAGUUGGUUUAUAUGCAUUUCCAGUAGUGCAACGAUAUGGUGCUUCUGUUGUUUCAAGUUGGUGAACUUACAUAGCGAUGUGGAAUAGUAUUUCUUAAUGAAAUCUAAAAAUCAGAGCCUUUUCCCUCAACAUUUAUUAUUAAUAUUAUAGUCUUUCCAAACAAUCUCCAGCAGAGAUGCCAAAGUGCAGUGCUCCAUGCUGUUUAUAUGAAUUUGUAAAAGAGAUCAUUCAUAUUUGAAGACUUCACCAUUUUCUCUGUGAAGACUAUAGAAUUUCAAUACGGCAUAUAUGAAUUGUAGAAAUGAAAAAUAUAUAAUGUACAUAAGUGUUAACAAUUGUAAAGAAAAUGUAAAAAAAUGUAACUACAGAGUAUGAAUUGCUUAGUGUGCUGCAGCGUUAGUGAUUCAAUGAUAAAUCACUAUCUCAGUUAAAGAAUAAAGUUGACUAAUGCAUAUUAAAAACAACAAUAACAACCCUGAAUCCACAUAGGAAGAUGCAACUUUGUAAUUCAUUUAAUCAACCCUUUUAUGUGGAAUUAUUUAUGAUCAGCUAAUUAAAAGUAUUUUGCUUGAUCAUGUGUUUUUAUAUCUAUGUGAUUACUACAUUUUAAACUCUAAUAUUAAAUUUAGCUUGCUUUAUUAAGAAAGAAUGUUUACUACUUUAUUGUAUAGAUUACCAGAAAAGGGAUAAGUAGGAAAUUGAUUGGGCUUUGUUUAAAAGUUUUAACUGGCUUGUAGCUGUACCUAGCUGUGGAGAGUGUCUCAUACCUCUGGUUUAUUUUAUAUACCUUGCAGCAGUUGUGGUUCUGGAUUCUUCAUUUUCUCUUGCUGCCAUGAGACAUGUAAAGAACAUUUUUAUUUCACUUAAAGCAGGAGUUCCUUUAGCAUGUGAUCCAAAUACUGGCCUGCAUUUAUCUGAAAUUGCUCUUCUGAGCUUGAGCUGUGGACACAAGUAGCAAGCCAUACCUCUAUUGGACUACUAAAUCCCAAUUUUGAUUUGUUCAUUUUUUUGUUUGAUAGGGUAAUGGGGCAAGAAAUCCUAAAAGCAAUGCAUUUCCCCCCAAAGGUAACAAAUACUUAUGUGCUCCCACAAAUAUGUAUUUGAGUCCCAGUAUUCUUCCUCCAGUGGGCAAUGUGCUUAUGCAACAAAAACUGUUAUUAUUUUACCUUUGUACCUUUUUUUUAAUGGAUAAAUACAUGUAACACUACAUUUUCCUUAAUUUUACCAAAGCAUGUUAAAGGAUUUCUCAGAAGAAAGUCAGUGCUUAUUCAACUUUAUUUAUGGCACAUUUUAGAUCUGUGUAAAAGCAUAAGAAUGUUGUAUCUGAAGGAGCUGUCACCUAACAUUUGAAAAUUGGUAUUUCCCAGACUUCACAUUUUGGGUUGAUAAAUUCUGGUAAAGAAAUUGGAUAUGUCCUAUGGGACCCUAAAUGUGUCAGAUGUAGAAAAGUGUGAUUUCAACAAUCAAUUAUUUUGAAAUAAAACAAGUCUGGUGGAACGUAGUGCUGAAUAUCCAAAAACAUCCAAAGCCAUGAUGUACGGUAAAUGAUCUGUAAAACCAUUACUUAAAGUUUUAUUCUUCUAUAUUUUAUAUAUAAAAAUUGUUAUGAAAAAUACAUUUGAGAAGUAUUUGCUUUGCAUAAGGUACCUGCUGCCUGUUUGUUGGAAAAUGUCUAGUGAUUAGUCAUUCUUCCCCAUGCUACCAUAUAACCAAAAACAUAAGGAUGGUGGAAUCAGAUGAGUGCCAUAUACCAUUGUUGGCCGAAGCUCCGCAAGAGUAGUUGUAAUUCCUGUAAAGAAAGAGAAUGUGGUGGCGUCCGCAAAGACAGACAAAUCUUGGCUGGUUUUUAUGUGGGCAAUUCGUAAACCUCCAGAUGUUUUGGCUUACAACUUCUGUCAGCACUAGCCACCAAGCUAAUGGUGAAAGAUGAUGGGAAUUGAAAGCCAAAACAUCUGUUGGGCCACAAGCUGCCCAUCCUGAGGUAUAGGAUCUCUGCCAGUUCCACAACCUCCAGCUCCAUGAUGGCUUUUGUUAGGCUGCAGGAAAGUUAAAUCGACAGAUUUAAAGGCCAAAUGGUUGAAAUUUACUACAUUAAUUAGAUGACAGUGGAAGUACUGGAUAGCACAAGCGUUAGUUUUCCACUGUUGUCAAACAGAUUGUCUUAAAAUACAGUAUUGAUCUUCAAUAACCAAGCCCCCUAUUCAUUCUUUUAAAGGA